AUGAGUUUGGUUUUUGUGUAUUCUGGUGUUUUAGGGGGGUGUGCUUUUAGGGGAUUUUUGAUGAGAGAUGGGCUAAGAUCUUCGUUAGUUGUGUUGUCAUGGUGGAUUUCUUUGUUGAUGUUGGUUGCUAGUCAGGGGAGGGUUAAGGUUGGGUUAAAUAAGUUUUCUUUGUUUAGGUUGUGUGUGUGUGUUUUAAAUUUUAUUUUGAUGGUUAGAUUUUUUUGUGUGGAUAUUGUGUGAUUUUAUGUUUUUUUUGAGGCGUCUUUAGUGCCGACUUUUAUUCUAAUUUUAGGUUGGGGAUACCAACCUGAGCGACUGCAGGCCGGGAUGUAUAUGAUGCUUUAUACAAUUACUGCGUCGUUGCCGUUGCUGGCAUUGAUUUUAUAUAAGUUCGAGUUGUGCGGAACUUCUAGGUUUUUGUUGAAAAACUUUUUAUGUGAGUUCUAUGGUAAUGGGUUUGUUGGGUGAAGGGGCAUGGUUGGAUCUGAGGUUGUUUUUUGUCUCGGGUUCGGUGCUUUUUUAGUGAAGUUGCCCAUGUUUUCUUUGCAUUUGUGGUUGCCUAAGGCCCAUGUUGAGGCACCUGUAGCAGGAUCUAUGAUUUUGGCGGGUGUUUUAUUGAAGUUGGGUGGUUAUGGGAUGAUUCGUGUGUAUAGUUAUUUCUGUUUGUCGAGAUACAGGGUUUUUAGGGAUGUAAUAUUAUGUUUGGGUUUAUGAGGGGGUGUGGUAACAGGUUUUAUUUGUUUUCGUCAGGUUGAUUUGAAGUCUUUGAUUGCUUAUUCGUCUGUUGGUCACAUGAGGUUAAUGUUGGGUGGUUGUUUGUCAAAUUCGUCUUGGGGUUGGCAAGCCGCCCUUGGGAUGAUGUUAGCUCACGGUUUGUGUUCGUCAGGGAUGUUUGCACUGGCUAACUAUAAUUAUGAAAAGACUGGGACUCGCAGUUUAGUGAUGAGCAAGGGGAUGUUGAUGAUUUCUCCGUAUAUAUCUAUGUGGUGGUUUGUGUUUUGUGUGGCAAAUAUGGCUGGUCCACCUUCUAUUAAUUUGUUAAGUGAAAUUAUAGUAUUUCCUUCUGUCUUGUUUAAGUCUUUUUGGUUGUUUGUUCCACUCGGGUUAAUGAGUUUCUUAGCGGCUGUUUAUAGCCUGUUUUUGUAUACUAGUACUCAACAUGGUGGGUUCCCUAAGUUCGGUUUUCCUUACGGAGGCAUAAGUAGUUCAUCCUCGUUAGUAGCGUUUAUGCAUUACUUUCCAAUUAAUGGGUUGAUUUUGAAGUCGGAUCUUGUUUGUUUUUGGGUUAUUUAG